UUAAGGUUUGUUAGGUUAAUGCCAAUAUAAAAUAAUGUUGACACCGUCUUGAAAACACUGGUUGAAACUGAUUUCCCUCCAAUGAGCAUUUCUUCAAUUCGUUUAUAGCCUUUUGGAACAAUACUUCCAAAACUGAGGAAAAAUGUUUAAAGUACUGCAACAUUUAAAGCCAGCUGUGGCAUUAAAUUUUCAUAAAAAUAUUCGAACAAUGACAAGAACAUUACAAGAGAAUGCCAUAUUAGAAAAAACGAUAAACAAUGUCACACUUCUGGGACGAGUGGGAAGUGUUCCUGUGAAAAAAGGGACUGAUAAAAAUUCUGUAGUCAUUUUUUCGAUUGCUACCCACAAUAAUUUCAGGCAUGAAACCGGUGAAAUGGUACAAAAAACAGACUGGCAUAGAAUCUGUGUAUUUAAACCAUCGUUGCAGGAAUUAGUUUUCAAUAAUUUAAAAAAAGGCCAACGUUUACACGUAUCUGGUCGGUUAACGUAUGGAUCUUCCAAAGAGGAAAAUAAUUAUAAACAAACAGCAUCAAUUAUAGCAGAGGAAAUAAUAUUUUUUCAAUCUUUUGAACGAAAUGAUAUGUAAUUAGUAUAUUCUUUGAUAAAAUGUUGUUUAUACUUUAUAGUUUGUAUUUAAUGUAAAAUAUAUAAGUUUUUGUGUUUCUA